UUUUUACUACAGGCCAAUGAAAACAGUCUACUUAGUGCCCAGCUGAAAGGCUUUCCCCUAUACCUUCACUCCAAUCUAGGCCUCAAGGACUGCAGCAUCAAUCCCAAAUCUCCUCUUUUGUAUAUAACCAAGCCCAACCAGGUGGAAAAAGGUGAACUACCAGGAGAAGACUGGACAGUGUUCCAGUCCAACCACACCACUUAUGAACCAGUUCUACUGGCCAAGACCAAGUCAGCAGAGACUAUACCUCACCUCAGCGUAGACGCGGCCCUCCACACAACGGUGGUCCAGGACCUGGGACUGCAUGAUGGCAUCCAAAGGGUGCUUUUUGGUAACAACUUGAACUUCUGGCUUCAUAAGCUGGUGUUUGUGGAUGCAGUAUCAUUCUUGACUGGGAAAAGGUUGUCUCUUCCCCUCAACCGCUAUGUACUUGUGGAUAUUGACGAUAUAUUUGUUGGGAAGGAGGGAACUCGCAUGAAAGUAGAAGAUGUAAAGGCACUGUAUGACACCCAGAAUGAGUUAAGAACGCACAUCCCCAAUUUCACCUUCAAUCUUGGCUUUUCUGGAAAGUUCUUCCAUACAGGUACUGAUGCAGAAGAUGAAGGAGAUGACCUCUUGCUGUCUUAUGUCAAGCAGUUCUGGUGGUUCCCUCAUAUGUGGAGUCACAUGCAACCUCACCUCUUCCACAACCAAUCCGUACUGGCUGAGCAGAUGGCCUUGAACAGGAAAUUUGCUGUGGAACAUGGUAUCCCCACUGAUAUGGGCUAUGCCGUAGCCCCCCAUCACUCUGGUGUCUAUCCCAUUCAUGUACAGCUGUAUGAGGCUUGGAAGCAGAUCUGGGGAAUCAAGGUGACCAGCACAGAGGAGUACCCUCAUCUGAAGCCUGCACGGUUUAGGAGGGGCUUUAUCCACAGUGGAAUCAUGGUCCUACCUCGGCAGACCUGCGGCCUCUUCACACACACCAUAUUCUAUAAUGAAUAUCCCGGAGGGCCUGUGGAGCUGGACAAAAUUAUUAACGGUGGAGAACUUUUCCUUACAGUAUUGCUAAAUCCUAUCAGCAUUUUCAUGACCCACUUAUCUAACUAUGGCAAUGACCGCCUAGGCCUGUACACUUUCAAGCACUUAGUGCAGUUUCUCAACACCUGGACGAACCUCAAGCUGCAGACUCUGCCUCCAGUAGAGCUUGCUCACAAGUAUUUCCAGAUAUUCCCAGAGGAAAAGGACCCUUUGUGGCAGGAUCCUUGUGAGGAUAAACGCCAUAAAGACAUUUGGUCUAAGGAGAAGACGUGUGACCGCUUUCCCAAAUUGCUUAUAAUCGGACCUCAGAAAACAGGAACCACUGCAUUAUACCUCUUCCUAGGAAUGCACCCAGACCUGAGCAGUAACUAUCCUAGUUCGGAGACCUUUGAGGAGAUCCAGUUCUUCAAUGGGCAGAAUUACCACAAGGGGAUUGACUGGUAUAUGGAGUUUUUUCCCAUUCCAUCCAACACCACUUCAGACUUGUACUUUGAGAAGAGCGCCAACUACUUUGAUUCAGAAGUAGUUCCCAGGCGUGUGGCUGCACUGCUCACCAAAGCUAAACUCAUCACCAUCCUUAUUAAUCCUGCAGACCGCGCUUACUCCUGGUAUCAGCACCAGAGAGCCCAUGAUGACCCUGUGGCCCUCAAAUAUACCUUCCAAGAAGUCAUUACUGCUGGGUCUGACACUCCUCCAAAGUUAAGAGCUCUACAGAACAGGUGCCUGGUCCCAGGAUGGUACUCCACUCAUAUCGAACGCUGGCUAAACCACUUUCACGCUAACCAGAUAUUGGUUUUAGAUGGCAAGUUGCUGCGUACUGAGCCUGCCACUGUAAUGGAUUCUGUGCAGAAAUUCUUAGGCGUUGCGAAUGUUGUGGACUAUCACAAAACACUGGCGUUUGAUUCCAAGAAGGGAUUUUGGUGCCAACUUCUGGAUGGUGGGAAAACCAAAUGCCUGGGGAAAAGUAAGGGGAGGAAAUACCCAGAUAUGGAUUCGGAUUCUCGAGCUUUCCUGACAGACUAUUAUAGGGACCAUAACGUCGAGCUGUCCAAGCUGCUCUACAAGAUGGGCCAGACAUUGCCCACUUGGCUACGGGAGGAGCUGCAAAACACGAGGUAG